UCUGGCCGAAUAAUCAUAGGUCUGUUUGGGGCUCGUAUUGGUCUGAUGGUCAAUGGGGUUUCCAGUGUUGCUAUUCAACAGUUUAUAACUCCUACUGUGUGGGAGAGGCCGGCAAACGUGCCAAGCAACUCAGUCGAAACGCGAAUUCGUUGCUGAAGAGUGCCUCUAAAGCUGCUGACGGAUUUGAAAAGCCGAAAUCGUUACUCGAGGAACACUACGAUAGAGGAGAGAGUGCUGAAAAGGCAUCGAAGAAGAAUAAGAAAUCGAGUAGGUCUAAAGAUAAAAUGGACAACGGGGACGAAGAUGAAGAUCCUAAAGCGCGCAUGAAGAGAAUAAAGAAAAUAUUAGAGAGGGAGGAGAAACGAGAGAAAAGCAUACAAGACGGCGACGAGAGGAAACGAAAAUACAAUUCAUUCAAGGGCAACAACCAUGACGAGCCCACCGAGGAAGAGAUGGAGGCCUGGAAGAUCAAAAAGGCGAAGGCUGAUGAUCCUAUGGCCGCUUUCAUGUAACUCGAGUAGUAGGUUCUCAGAUGCUUGUCGUUGCUCAUGUACGUGUCAAAUGUACCGAGUAUCGCGAACUACGAGCCAUAACGAGCUAUUGUGGAUAUAGCUCCACGGAGAUCAACGGCGUUAUAUAGUAUACUGAAAACAGGUUGAUAUCUGACAGGGGAGCAGUCAAGGCUAACUACAGUAAAAAAUAAAAUCCACAAUGGCGACCGAACUUGCACAGCGCACUCUCUGCCUAAACUAUUUAUUGGUUCGUUUUCGCCACCGCUUCAUUCGACCCAACUCUUAAAAAACUCAACUUUCCUGAAUACUUGUUAUGAAGUGACGUGCCGUUGUACCCUUUCUCGACUUGUGGCCACUGAAUAAUCGCAAACCAUGGCACAGAUCUGCUUCAACCUAGUUUCUCAACUUCAGAUAUCGCCCGCUUCGUCACGAGAGCUUUUAGCUCCCCCCCUGCAGUCAAUAGGUAAUGUCUGCAAUACGGUAUUACAGCACCAGCGAAUUAUCUUGCGAUAGGAGCGACAGCUUCGGGAACUUGCGUCUUCUCUAAACCAACAUUAGCCUUAGAGCCGCCUUGUAAAUCCGCAAGCAUUUUUCACAGCGCUUUGGAAUGGCAGCACUUCUAAUAUAUUUGGCGAACCCGGAUCAAAUCUUUCUAUUCACUCUGAAGUAAGGUUAGGGCCUUAAAUACCUCAGUUGGAGCUACACAUAAUUCUAUCUCUGACAUACGUUGCCACAACCCACGACUAUUGGAAGCGAUUUCCAUGAGAAUAGAUGGGAUCUGAAGGGUAGUUAGAAUAAAUGGGCAACACCUGUCGUCAAACCAGAAAGAACCGCUAACACUCCAAUAGUAGAUACGCGUUCAACCCUGUCACUAACCGUGGAGUCUGGGCUAACAUAUUGCCUCAACACCAAUUUUUUUGUUGAUAUAAUAAGAUCUUACAGAAUGCUAUCCCCAUAGAUAAUUGGUAGUACCACCUGCAUGUCUGGAGGCAGACACUUCAGGCUGAACUCUGAAUCAUUCAAUCUUCUCUCACUGUAACUGUCCGCGCGUGUUGACGUACAGUCUAAGGUUAAGCGCACUGCGCGUUAACAAAAAAUAUACUCACACCCGACCAUUUGACUGCAUAACCCUUGCCGGGCAUACAAAGCCAGUGUGACACCAAAAGCGUACAGCAGCCAAUAUCAUGGCUAAGUCGACGCUUAGACUGACGGACACCAAAUUUUCAGGCUGCAGAGAUGAGACAACUAGCUAGGACUCGAGAUGGUUAGAAACACGUACAUUCCCCCGACAAUCACGACCAUCGCCAAGGCACAGAUAGACACUAGCAAUAUUCCGAUCUUGAAGUCGUCAUUGUAGAGGGAGUUCUUCUCUUCUUUGGUCUGUGGUGGCAGCGUAGCCCAUCGACUGGCCACCUCUGGAUUGAUUCCUUUACCCCCGCCUCGAUACUUUGAACCGGCCAUCCCAGCUUGUGUAUAUGUAUAACUAUAAAGGGUAUACGUAUAUUUUUCUUAUUAUUAAGGUACUAUGCAUGUGUAAUUGUGAAUGGGUUUUGCCUUUAUGUACUCUGGCGCGAAAAUAACAAAUAGAGAGAGAGAGGUAGGGGUUUUAGGUCAAAAUCCAUAGCCUUUUAAAAAAAAG